AUGGUGCCGAAGAAAGCCCUAAUGUCGGAGAGACAGCUUCCAUCAGAUCUGGAAGAAGAGAUACUCGUACGAGUUCCACCUCUAUCUCUUGUUCGCUUCAGAUCAGUUUGCAAAGGAUGGAACACUCUUUUCAACGAUAAGAGAUUCGUCGAAAGAAACUUUGCUUGUGGUCGCCCAGAAAUCUUGUUAAAGACACAUUCCCAUCUUUAUUCGGUAAGCGUCGAUCUCAACAAGGACGAACCGACUAUAAAAGUGACUGAUUUACGCUCUGAUUUUCGCCUUGGCCGUUUUCAUCACCAGGGGACCUGCGAUGGCUAUUACUUAUUCACGUAUGACAUGGAUGAAGAAUACCGAUGCCUGGUUUGGAACCCGUUUUUGAAUCGGGCUAUAUGGAUUUCCACGGAUGAGACCGAUGGGUAUAUAGGUGGCAGAUGGAUGGGUUACGAUGGUAGUAGACCCGAAAAGGUUUACAAGAUUAUUGGGAUUUGGAAUUCGUUUGAGCUUUCGCCCGAAUUUACUACGAGAUUUGCAGUACUUUCGGAUAUUGCAACGAAUGCGUGGAAGGUUUUUAAUCAUACCCGUUUUGAGAAAGAGGAAAAAAUGUUAGAAGAAUCGGAAUCGUUUAGGGUGUGCCUGAAUCGGAAUCCAAAUGCUUGA